CCAAGGGCAGUUUCCACUGACACAGAAUGUAACAGUUGUUGAAGGAGGAACUGCAAUUUUGACCUGCAGAGUUGAUCAAAAUGAUAACACCUCCCUCCAGUGGUCAAAUCCAGCUCAACAGACUCUGUACUUCGAUGACAAGAAAGCUUUAAGGGACAAUCGGAUCGAGCUGGUUCGGGCUUCCUGGCAUGAAUUGAGUAUCAGCGUCAGUGAUGUGUCUCUCUCUGAUGAAGGACAGUACACCUGUUCUUUAUUUACAAUGCCUGUGAAAACUUCCAAGGCCUAUCUCACUGUUCUGGGUGUCCCUGAAAAGCCUCAAAUUAGUGGAUUUUCAUCACCAGUUAUGGAGGGAGACUUGAUGCAGCUGACUUGUAAAACAUCUGGUAGUAAACCUGCAGCUGAUAUAAGAUGGUUCAAAAAUGACAAAGAGAUUAAAGAUGUAAAAUAUUUAAAAGAAGAGGAUGCAAACCGCAAGACGUUCACGGUCAGCAGCACCCUGGAUUUCCGAGUGGACAGGAGCGAUGACGGUGUGGCGGUCAUCUGCAGAGUAGACCACGAGUCCCUCAACGCCACCCCUCAGGUGGCCAUGCAGGUGCUAGAAAUACACUAUACACCAUCAGUUAAGAUUAUACCAUCCACUCCUUUUCCACAAGAAGGACAGCCUUUAAUUUUGACUUGUGAAUCCAAAGGAAAACCACUGCCAGAACCUGUUUUGUGGACAAAGGAUGGCGGAGAAUUACCAGAUCCUGACCGAAUGGUUGUGAGUGGUAGAGAGCUAAACAUUCUUUUCCUGAAUAAAACGGAUAAUGGGACAUAUCGAUGUGAAGCCACAAACACCAUUGGCCAAAGCAGUGCGGAGUAUGUUCUCAUCGUGCAUGAUGUUCCCAACACUUUGCUUCCCACUACUAUCAUCCCCUCCCUUACCACUGCAACAGUCACAACCUCUGUAGCCAUAACAACCAGCCCAACCACAUCUGCAUCAACCAGCAGCAUAAGAGAUCCCAAUGCUCUGGCUGGCCAGACUGGCCCUGAUCAUGCUCUUAUAGGAGGAAUAGUGGCUGUAGUUGUAUUUGUCACUCUGUGUUCUAUAUUUCUGCUCGGUCGAUAUCUGGCAAGACAUAAAGGAACGUAUUUAACAAAUGAAGCUAAAGGAGCUGAAGAUGCACCCGAUGCUGACACGGCCAUUAUCAACGCUGAAGGCAGCCAAGUCAAUGCUGAGGAGAAAAAAGAGUAUUUCAUUUAAAAUGCUGGCCAAGCUUCUGAGUUUUACUUACCAGGCUGGCUGCUGGAGAAAACUGGCUAUCAUCUUUCAGAAUUCAUUUCUACCAUCUUCUGCUACCUUUAUUAACUCCCAUGCUGUACUGCUAUCCGUAGCCAGUGUAUACCAACAAUCAGCUGUCGAAAGCAUCAUUCUUUAAUUACUGUAUCAUCCAUAAUGCAGGACCUUUCUUACUGCCUAAAUCCCACACCAUUGCUCUUUUAACAUACAGUGCUUGAAUAUACAGCCUUAACAAUGUUAAUCAUCUCCUUGGAUCAUGAUAUUGAAUUGUUUUUAUACAUUGAAAAAUGUAUGCAGAGUUGGUUUUUUCUUUCCCCUCAUUUACCCCCCUUUACAUCAUACAUGGACUUUGUCAGUUUGCCAUUGGACAGCUUUCACAAGGAACAGGAUUAGUGAACAAGAUAACAUGCUUAAGUUUAAUCAAACAUUAGAGGUUUACAAUGUUUUCUAUGUGUCUCUCUUUAAGACACGCUUGAAAACAUAUGCCCUAGAAAACACAAACUGGAAAUACUGUAGUAUAGAUUCCCGAAUGUUUGAGAUAUACUGGUAAAGCUGUAUCAAUUUGCUAUGUAAAAAUAUAGCACUUGAUACAGGAGCCACGUGUACGAAUUGCAAUCAUGUCACGGUAUCUUAUGUAAUGAUAUAGACCCCACCACUAGGUUAUUUUAGCUUCAUUUACCAAUAAAUUGUUACAGACAUUUUAGUGCUUUGGAAAUCACAGAUUCCAUUCAUUUCUCUAAUUUGAUUCUGUAAUUUAUUUGCUCCAGGACUCACCUACCUAAACAAAAUUGAAGUAUCCAUAGGGCACAAUUUUGAGACAUUUUAGUAUCUGUAUAUAGUGCAUAUAAUAAAUCCAAUUAAACAUUAUUUGAUACAUAUUUAACUUUUUUGGCUGUAGGUAAUUCAGUCAUAAGUAAGCAUUUUCUAAUGUCCAUUAUAUCCCUUUAGAUAUUACUUAAACCGAUAUUAUAAGUAGAUAACAUGUAUUAGUAUUUUGUCUGUAUGUCCUAGCACUGUUCAACAGCAAACUUUUCUAGUUCUUGUUAGUUUUUAUUUGUUAUACAAUGGAAGCACAAUGUUAUAAGGGAAGGUAAUUUUAAGCUAACAACCAGUGCACAGCCUCAGGUUUUAAAUUACAACCACAGUUGAAUAAUAACCUACAAAUAAAUUCUUAGUUUGCUAAAAAUUUACAAAUUUUAAUUUAGCAGUUCCAGAGCUGCUUAUCUAUGUUGGUUUGCCAAAAAGAAGUGUUUAAGAUAUGUUUUCUGUAUAAAUGAACUAAUUCUUUAUAUUAAAUUCCUGUCUAUGCAUUUUGUGAGGUACAAACUUAUGAAACAGUGAGUGAUAGAGAAUUUCUGCCAUGCUUUUAACUCCAAGGUGAAAGUCUCUUUCUCUGGAUUAUUUCUGAAAUUUUGGUGUAGUUAACCAUUAAGAAAUGCUGUAUUCUUAAAUAGGACACAGAAUCAAUCUAAAGUCUUAUUAUUUCUUCUAGUACGAUACAAUAUUGCUAGAUUAGUUCUCAUUGAAUUUAUUAUAUGCUAAAGUUUAAAAACCCAAUUAGACAAAAAUUAUUUUCCCAUUCACAAGCAUUGCACCUUUAAGAAGAAAACAAAUAUGAGGAUAUGGUAGCUAUACUUGUGAUGUCUGAAAGCAUGAUGGCCUAUGUUUUGAAAAAUCCUAUCUUGGAAUUUAUUUUGGGGAAAUGAGAAUGGUUGAGUACGACAUCGCGUGUUAAUAUCAAAUGAAAGACAAGGGUGCUGUAUCUUAGAUUAUUUAUCAGAAAAGUAUAAAUCUUUUAAAGACAAUGUUAGAAUUUAAAUUUUUUUUGAUUGUUGAAGCAUUUAUCUUGUUGAUUUCUUACAAAAGAAAAAAAGGACGAUGUCAGUCAAGCAGCACUUUUUCAGAAUAUACAGAACAUAAAUAAUAUGAUGUGGUUGAGUGUUAACAUAAUAAAUCAUAUACAGUAUGACAUUUUAAGGAAAUAAGUCUGCAUUGAUGUGAUUGCAUGCUUGUUUUUACAGUUCAAUUCAUACCAUCUGUGGAAAAAUGCAAUAAUAUGUUAAUAUAGUAUGGUAGUUUGAGAGAAUCAGGUAGGUGCUACUAGACACAUUGAAACUAGAAUAGGUUUAUAAACUGUUCAUAUCUUUCAAUGCAUAAUCUUUAGAAAGACUCCACAAAGCAAAAUUCAUCCUGUUAGUACAAAUGGAAAGGUUCUUAUUACAGAAGUAAGUUGUAUAAACUGCAUCAUCAAUUACUAUUUAAAGCCUAAUUUCAGGAUGCACUUACAAAAUUGCUACUCUUCAUAGAUGCUGUAUUUACAUCUCUCUUCAUUUCGUCUAUAUUAUACUUGGCUCCAACUGCUAAAUUGUUGCCUAAAUAACUCAAUCAUUAUUUAUAACACUGUAAAAUUAGAAAUCCAGAAAUGGCUGCAUUUCAAGAUUUUGUAUUCUUAACCCUUCAGAGUAAUAUAUAACACAAUUAGAGCUGUUUAAAAGAAACUAAAUAGUAUAUUAUUAUUAUUUGUGGGCUAUAAUAAAAUAUUUUGCUAGUUAAAAUGGAGAUUUGAAUUAGGUAUCAUAUUCACUUACUGAAAAAAAUAGCAAUGGAAUCACAUUUUGCUAUCUUUAAAACUUAUUUGAUUCCCACCAAGCAAGGAAAUACAUUUUUAAAAUUCUGCUCUUUCUAUAAAAAUCAGGAAAAAAAAUGAAAUAACAUUUCUAAUGGAACCAUGUCAACUGCACUAUCUGAAAUGUGCACACUUGCGUGCACCGAGAGCCAAAUUCUGUCUCUGCUUAGUGAGCACAGUACCUAUAGAACUCAGUGGAAGGAGUGUGCACACACACACAGACACACACACACACUCCUCGUACAACACGGAACAUUAUUCUUUACCAAAAGUAGCUAUUCUCUGCCAGUGUACUGUUUACAGCGUAAAUUGAGUGUCCUCCAUCAAAAAGUGUAAGCAGAGUUUUAUUUUUCCAUUUUUGAAUGUCCUAGAGAGAAUGAUUCUCAAAAUUAGGAAGAAAAAUGAAAGUUUGUGAGGGCGAGAGCUAACACUGAGAACGUGAGCAAGGUAUUUGUGUGUGUUGUGCAUGUAAGUGUGAGAGAGAGAGAUUGAUUGAUUGAUUUCCACUUCUUUUCUUUUACCAGAGAAUUCAAGAAGCAGUUUAAGGAACCUGAUAUUGGAGUUUAAUCUAAAAACUGGAUGAUCUCAUAUUGAUUCAAGAUGCUUAAUCUUGCAUUGAAACCCCACAAUUAAAAUAACAAAUAGAGAAAGAAAAGUAACUUUCCUAAAUAUGGCAAAGAAGUUAACACCUCAUUUAUUUUUUUUGUAAAAAUAUAAAUAUUUCAAUCAAAAGGACAGGUUCACUUGUAAUUAUGUACUCAUGAUUGUAAUAGCAUUGAGAUUCCAUAUAGGCACAUGUACAGCAACUGUUUGCCGAUGAUGGCUUCUUCCAUGUAAUAUAGCAGUUAUCGUGUAAUUUAGUGCCACUUAUUGCAAAGUGUUACCAAGGGGAACAUUUGAAAUACUUUUCCUUUUUUCCUUGGACUUAAGGAUAAUUUAAGGAAUGAUAAAUAAGAAAAUUCAUAUUAUGGUUUUAAUUGUGAAGAGAAUUCAAAACCUCAUAUCUUAUGUCAACUUCCUGGUCAUAUUGCUAACUACUUAGAGCCCUCUAAAAAUGCCCAAUACUACCCCCCUUUGCAAAUGUAAUCUGUGAUGAACAUACAAAACAAAAAAAACAAACAAACAAGCAAAAAAAAAAAAACAACUGGCAAUGACAGCUGAAAUAAAUGAAACACCCAAUGAGAAUUACUGAGUAAUGCUUUUAUUAAGUGGCACAAAGUACACACUAAAAACUAUGCAAAAUAUAGGUAACUACAGUGUACGUACAUGUAAGUAUCUUGUACUUGCUGUGUAUGGAUGUUUGAAACCCAUGUAAUUAUAAUAUGCAUUUUGAAUAUUGGGAAAGAGGAAAUCUUAGUGUAGAUAAUAGAAUUUGUUUUGAAAUAUACACUGGCAAUAUUGAAAUAUACUCAGUGCAAUAUCUGCAAUUCUAUUGCUGGAUAAUUAAUGCAAAGGGAUUUUAAAGAAUUCUUCAAGAUCCAAGAGGUUGCUAAUCUUCACCUCUCACAUACUAAAGCAUUGAUUAAAAAUACGACUGAUUUAGCAACACGUUAAGUUUUCCUUACUUGAUCAUUAUUGUGACAUAAUAAAAUUAUUUGCCCUAGUUUUUAGCAUUACUGGAGAGAAAGAAACUUUGAUUUAUAUCUAAUUGAAUUUGGAAUUCUUAACUUUCUUUGAAAUGUGUGUAUGUUUUAAUGGAUUGUGGCACUUUUAUUAUAAGUACAAACAUAUUCAAUCAAAUGCACAAGUUACCUUUAGUUGUUAAAGUCACUAUAUCUUAAUGGGAAUUUUUGGUAUCUUUUUUUUUCUAUUCAUUUAUUUAUUUUUUUCCUUUCUCUCCCCAUUCUACCCCAAACAUGCCCUUUGCACUUAUACCCUUCCAAAGUCAAUGGAUUGAAAGUAGCAAGAUUAUAAAGAGAGCUAAAGGGGACAACAUAUAAGAAUGGUUCUAAACUCAUCAGCAUUUUUGUGUAUUGAGAUUAUGAAUAUUGAAUGCAAUAGUUAUUAGAUAUAGCUGGUAAGUUCUCUGCCAUGCAUACUUACAAUAACCCUUCUACCUCUCACUUUUAACAUGGGCUAUGAUACUUCAAUAUAAAUACAAGAAAUAAUUAUUUUCAAGAUAUCCCAGGAAGCACUAUUUUGGGGUUAUCAUAACAGUAUGCUCCCCACUCCCUGGGAAAUCUCAAAAGCCAAGUUCCUUUAAUGUACUCAACAGUGUAUGGGUCUGCAUUUCUUUUUCCUUUUCUAUCAUUAACUUUCCUAUAGGCAAAAUAUUAUAACUUUAUAAGGACAGUUCUUCUCAUGCCUAUUUAAUAAUGUAAUAGUAAUAUAAUUGUGUUGAUUUAAAAAAUAAUUUAAAUGGCAACACUUUGCAAUCCAAUCUAUUUAUUUAAUAUUUAAAAUACAACACAUUCUUAUGAAUUCAUGUUGUGUUUUUUAAGUAAAAAUUAUGUCUAUGAUUUGUUUUCCCAAGCAGUGUUAUCUAUGUAAGACCAAUAUUUAAGUAUUUAAGAUUGCCUCCUUAUUAGCAAGUAAUCUCUGAAUAAUCAAUGCAAAGUAUUGCCAAAAAUGUCCACUUUGUCUGCAUAGACAUCAUAUGACUUUUUCAGAUGAUGCAAUUUAAUUGUUCUAAAAGGAAAUGACAUUUUAAAAGCAAAUUUUCCUCUAGGAAGAAAAAGAUGCAAGAAAAUAACUCAAAUUAUGACUGAAUCUAUACUAUAUGCUUCAAGUUAAAGUAAGGUAUUUCUGUGUUAUGUGGUUAUGUUACAUAUAAUACUUGAUCUAAUCUUUAUCAUCUUCCAUAUAUAUGUGUGUAUAUAUACAUAUACAUACAUAUAUACAUAUAUAAAUAUACGCUAGUUUCAAGAAAUAUGGUUAUUUUGGAGAGAAUAGGCCCAAAUAUGAAAACGAUGUGAAAACAAAAACACUCUUUUCCCCCUAUGAAAUAUGCUGUAUAUUUCAAAAGAAGAAAAGUUAAAAGCUAUUUGAAGAUUGCAAGGGCAAAAGAAAAACCUACCAGGGCUCAGCACUUAAGCACUUUUCCCAUAUUCAGGGUCAGAACAGCAGGAUUCCUACCCGGACGUAAAGUGCGGUAUGAAAUGCCACAUUACACUUCUCUUACACACAGUACUGUCAAACCUCAAAUGUUUUCUUUCUUCAGAUGCUUUUUCUUGUACAUGAUACUAGUAGACACGUUUCUCUUUAUAUUUGCUGAUAGUGAAACUUAAUAUGCAAUAAAAUAUGUGAUGAUUGAAAGCAGUGGUCACCAGGUGGUUAAAAAAAAAGAUAUUAUGAAAUGUAAACUGAAUUAUCUCUCUAUCCUUUUUGCUUUUCUGUUUCUAAUGUGUGGACUUUUUCUCAUAAAUAGAAAAAAUAAUUUAGAAUUUUUUUAAACUAGUAUUCUUUCUCCUAGAAAUGUAUAAAAUUUUAAUCUCUUUACAAAUUUAUUCAACUGUACCUGCUGUACUUAUUGUAGAUUCAAUGAUGCAGUUACGUAGUGAUGCAAGGAUGUGUGAGUUUGGGAAUACUAACCUAUUUUCUUCAUAUUCAGUUCGCAUCAAUAUUUGUGAAUUGGUUGUUUAGCUUUUCAUUCAACCAAAAAUAUUCCCUCAAGAAAGCUCCAUUUUUAUCAUAAAUAUUUCAAUAUAACCAACAUUGGAACAAGUCUGCCAUGUUAAGAAGAAUUUAAAGACUUAUCUCUGAAAAUUGUUACCCUGAAAUGCAGGUGUUCCCAGUAAUGCAUCUUCAAAAAUAAAAUGUUCUAUUUAUAUGAUAUGAAAUUCAUAACUUUUGGAAGGGUAUAUUUAGGACAGCAUAAAAAGAAAUUCUGUGCUGUAAAGAAAAUCUACUAAAAUCAAGCAUAGUGCACAGUUAUUGAAUCUACUGUGAUCAUUAACAUUUUCAAAAUACAAAAUGCAUAUUGUAAUAUUAGGUACAUGACACUUGCAUGUUGAUAUGCCUAUAUACUUACAAAGUAUUCAAUGUGUACUUAGUGGCGCUUAAAAUAUGUCAUGUACAACUCUUAUAAACAUCCUUACAGGGUUCCCAUUUGCACUUCAUCUUUCAGUAAAGUCUUGUCAGGAAAAAAAAAAUUGUCUGAUACACAUGGAAAAAUAAAAUUUGAAUUUUAGUAAUCUGUUGGACAUUACCGAAUUGUCUAUUCAUUUAGUUCAUUUUCUUAGGCUUGAAACCAGACAUUGAAAGAUGGAACUUUCUUUUUUUCCCACUGACAGGUUAUAAAAGAUGUUACAAAACAUAUCCCUUUAAGCCAAAUACAUAAUUUUGCAUAUCUAUUUUGAACUGCAUACGUCACUCAUUCUUUUUAGAUUUUCUUAAUGAUACCCAUUUAGUUUGUAAAUUUAAAAAUGGAAGUUUUCAAAUUUAAGUGGCAGUGAAACAAAUGUUAUUUUGUACAACAUUUAGUUGUUUACUCCUUGGAAUAGAUGAACCUUGUAAUAUGCUGACUAAGGGUUAAAAAUUGUUGCUGACUUAGGGAAAUUUGCUUGAGAUUGCCAAAAUUCCAAAACUCUGUAAUUUUACAUUCACUUAUGUCUGUUUACUAAUGUUGACUAUGAACACAGGCAAAAAUACCUAAACCUAUUUUUUUUUAAUUUUUACACUCUAACCAGUAUUAUAUAUUUCAACUACCUAAGAUAAUGCGAUUAAUAAUAUAUCUAUCCUAAGCUUAUGCCAAUAAGAAUUUGAGAUAAGCUUUUAAAUUUAUGGAGGAUUUUCUUUGUGUCUUUGGAAGUUCACUUACCAUAAGGUAUUUUAUAGUCUAAAUAACAGAUUUUGUUAUACAGGGUAAGCCAAAGGCUGUACAAGAAUUAGUGUCAUUGGGUCUGAUAUUUAUGUUAGACCAUGAAAUGUUCCAUUAAAAUUUAUCUGUAAAUACAAGGCAA